ACGAUCUCUGGGGCCAUCCGAGGUCGCAUUCGAUCAAAUGAGAACAGCAAUUGGUCCUGCAUGAGGUUGUUUCGCAGUGUACGUUAGCCGCAGACUGAGGCCAGCAUCGGAUGGUGAUGCAAUGAGCUUAUUGCCAAACUUUCUCCACUCCACGUCUCGUCCUAGAGUAUAAGAUUGCUACCCCUCUUACGUAGCUCUAAAUCUCUCAAGCUUAUCCAAACUUCCUUUCUCAUCCCGCAACCCAAUCCGCGUCACGGAAUAGAUCAUGACUUUGGCUAUAUAUGUCGCGGCUGCGGCCGUAGUAACUUUUUUCUUAUAUCGUUUGCUAUAUGGAACGGAUCAGCCACACAUCAAGGGACUUCCGGAGGUGAAGGGACUACCGUUGUUUGGCAGUCUGUACGAGCUUGGAGAGGACCAUGCGAAAGUUGCGCAGGGUUGGGUGAAGAAGUAUGGCCCGGUCUUCCAGGUACGAAUGGGAAACAGGAGAAUCGUCUUCGCAAACACCUUCGACUCAGUUCGCCAUUUCUGGAUCACACACCAGUCUGCACUGAUCUCGCGUCCAACCCUGCACACCUUCCACACCGUCGUCUCCUCCUCCCAAGGCUUCACCAUCGGGACCUCCCCCUGGGACGAGUCCUGCAAGAACCGCCGCAAGGCCGCCGCCACUGCGCUCAAUCGCCCAGCCGUCCAGUCCUACAUGCCCCACAUCGACCUCGAAUCCAACGUCAGCAUCAAAGAGCUUCUAGCUGACUCCAAGGGCGGGGAAAUCGACCUCGAUCCGCGCGCGUACUGGCAGCGAUAUGCGCUCAACACGUCGCUUACAUUGAACUACGGAUACAGAAUCGAUGGUGACAAGGACGACAAGCUGCUGCACGAGAUCACGGAUGUAGAGAGGGGCGUCAGCAACUUCAGAAGCACGAGCAACAACUGGCAGGACUACAUCCCGCUGCUGCGGCUAUUCCCCAAGCAGACGAGAGACGCGAUCACGUUCAGGGAGAGGAGAGAUGUGUAUCUGGACUACCUGCUCAAGGGCCUGAAGGAGCGCAUCGCCAACGGAACAGACAAGCCCUGCAUCACCGGCAACAUCCUCAAGGACCCCGAAGCCAAACUGAACGAAGCGGAAAUAAAGUCCAUCUGCCUAACCAUGGUAUCCGCGGGUCUCGACACCGUGCCCGGCAACCUGAUAAUGGGCAUCGCGUACCUCGCCUCACCCGCAGGUCAAUCCAUCCAAGCCCGCGCCUACGCCGAAAUCCAAAAAGUCUACCCAAACAACGACGCCUGGACGCGCUGCCUCGACGAGGAAAAGGUACCCUACAUCACCGCCCUCUACAAGGAGAUCCUCCGCUUCUGGACCGUCAUCCCCAUCUGCCUGCCCCGCGUCAGCAUAAAGGACAUACCCUGGAACGGCGUCAUUAUCCCCGCGGGAACCACAUUCUAUAUGAAUGCGUAUGCCGCGGACUACGACGAGACGCAUUUCAAGGACCCGGAGAAGUUCGAUCCGGAGAGGUAUUUGGAUGUGGCCGAGGGAGCGGGGACGCCGCACUAUGGGUAUGGCGCGGGGAGUCGCAUGUGUGUUGGCUCGCAUCUGGGGAAUCGCGAGCUGUAUACCGCUUUUGUGCGGUUGAUUAGUGCGUUCGAGUUCAAGCCGCCGAAGGACCCGAGGGAUGCGCCAAUUCUGGACUGUUUGAAGGCGAACGCGAUUCCCACCAGCUUAACGAUGGAACCAAAGUACUUCAAGGUAGGAUUCAAGCCCAGAAAUAGGGCCUUGUUGGAGAAGUGGAUCAAGGAGAGUGAGGAGAGGACGAAGGAGUUGAUGUAACUACGCUAAUCAAGCGGAUCACUGUAAAUGUUCUGGGAAAAUAUUAUAUAAACUUAACAC